GCAGAAGUGAGUACGUGAGCGGCGCAGCAAGAUCCCAGCUCGGACCCCGGACGGCGCGCGCUCCCGGAACCCCGGAUCCGAGUCGGGCCGGCGGCGGACUGCCGGAUUACUGUGUACCCCGAACCACGAUCACCUGCGCCCUCCAGCCCCGGCCCGCCUCCCCGAGUCCUCCGUCACCCAGCACCCCAAAGCUCCGGAUCCUCCUGGACCGGUCCGGCCAGAUUCCCACGGGACUGACCUGCCCGCAUCCCCUAGGAUCGCCGGACUCUGGGCACCGCCUCGGUCCCGGAGCCACCCGCCUGGAUUGCACCCCGCUCCUGGCCCCGGAUCUCCUGGGUUCGUACGCGAGCCUUCCUCGGAGCGCGCCCUGCGGACCCUCUCUCCUUUGGGUGCCCGCACCCCCGCCGGCGCGGCUCGGCCCGGCCCGGAGCGGCCCGGCUCGGCUCCCGCUGCCGCCCCGGCCAUGGCCCGAGCGCGCCCGCCGCCGCCGCCGCCGCCGCCGCUGCUGCCUCCGUUGCUGCUGCUGCCGCUGCUGCUGCCCGCCGGCUGCCGGGCGUUGGAAGAGACCCUCAUGGACACCAAGUGGGUGACGUCUGAGCUGGGAUGGACAUCCCAUCCGGAAAGCGGGUGGGAGGAGGUGAGCGGCUACGACGAGGCUAUGAACCCCAUCCGCACGUACCAGGUGUGCAACGUGCGAGAGUCAAGCCAGAACAACUGGUUGCGCACGGGCUUCAUGUGGCGGCGGGACGUGCAGAGGGUGUAUGUGGAGCUCAAGUUCACCGUGCGCGACUGCAAUAGCAUCCCCAACAUUCCCGGUUCCUGCAAAGAGACCUUCAACCUCUUCUACUAUGAGGCUGAUAGCGACGUGGCCUCAGCUUCUUCCCCCUUCUGGAUGGAGAACCCCUACGUGAAAGUGGACACCAUCGCGCCCGACGAGAGCUUCUCACGGCUCGACACUGGCCGUGUCAACACCAAGGUGCGCAGCUUCGGGCCACUGUCCAAGGCCGGCUUCUACCUGGCCUUCCAGGACCAGGGAGCCUGUGUGUCACUCAUCUCCGUGCGUGCCUUCUACAAGAAGUGCGCAGCCACCACGGCGGGCUUCGCGCUCUUCCCAGAGACCCUCACCGGGGCUGAGCCUACCUCACUGGUUAUUGCUCCCGGCACCUGCAUCCCAAAUGCCGUGGAGGUGUCUGUGCCACUCAAACUCUACUGCAACGGAGAUGGAGAAUGGAUGGUUCCUGUGGGGGCCUGCACCUGUGCCACCGGCUAUGAGCCAGCUGCCAAGGAGACGCAGUGCCGUGCCUGUCCCCCAGGGAGCUACAAGGCGAAGCAGGGGGAAGGGCCCUGCCUCCCCUGCCCUCCCAACAGCCGUACCACCUCAACAGCUGCCAGCAUCUGCACCUGCCAUAGUAACUUCUACCGCGCAGACUCCGACUCCGCCGACAGUGCCUGCACCACGGUGCCAUCUCCACCCCGGGGUGUCAUCUCCAAUGUGAAUGAGACGUCCCUGAUCCUGGAGUGGAGUGAGCCCCGGGACCUGGGCGGCCGGGAUGACCUCCUGUACAAUGUCAUCUGUAAAAAGUGCCGUGGUAGCCCGGGCUCUGGGGGUCCCUCAAGCUGUUCACGCUGUGAUGACAAUGUGGAGUUUGUGCCUCGGCAGCUGGGCCUGACCGAACGCCGGGUGCACAUCAGCCACCUGCUGGCCCACACGCGUUACACCUUCGAAGUGCAAGCAGUCAAUGGGGUCUCAGGCAAGAGCCCUCUGCCUCCCCGCUAUGCAGCUGUGAAUAUCACCACCAACCAGGCUGCUCCAUCCGAAGUGCCCACUCUACACCUGCACAGCAGCUCGGGCAGCAGCCUGACCCUGUCCUGGGCACCCCCGGAACGGCCCAAUGGAGUCAUCCUGGACUACGAGAUGAAGUACUUUGAAAAGAGCGAGGGCAUCGCCUCCACUGUAACCAGCCAGAAGAACUCCGUGCAGCUGGAUGGACUGCGGCCUGAUGCCCGUUAUGUGGUCCAGGUUCGAGCCCGCACUGUGGCCGGCUAUGGGCAGUACAGCCGCCCAGCCGAGUUCGAGACCACUAGCGAGAGAGGCUCUGGCACCCAGCAGCUCCAGGAACAGCUGCCUCUCAUCGUGGGCUCGGCGACAGCUGGGCUGGUCUUUGUCGUGGCUGUUGUGGUCAUUGCCAUUGUUUGCCUCAGGAAGCAGCGACACGGUCCAGACUCAGAGUACACAGAGAAGCUGCAGCAAUACAUUGCUCCUGGGAUGAAGGUUUACAUCGACCCUUUUACUUAUGAGGACCCCAAUGAGGCGGUACGCGAGUUUGCCAAGGAGAUUGAUGUGUCGUGCGUCAAAAUCGAGGAGGUGAUUGGAGCUGGGGAGUUUGGGGAAGUGUGCCGAGGCCGGCUGAAGCAGCCCGGCCGCCGCGAGGUGUUCGUUGCUAUCAAGACCCUGAAGGUGGGCUAUACAGAGAGGCAGCGGCGGGAUUUCCUGAGCGAGGCUUCCAUCAUGGGUCAGUUUGACCACCCCAACAUCAUCCGGCUGGAGGGCGUGGUCACCAAGAGUCGGCCAGUCAUGAUCCUCACAGAGUUCAUGGAAAACUGUGCCCUGGACUCCUUCCUUCGGCUCAACGAUGGGCAGUUCACAGUCAUCCAGCUGGUGGGCAUGCUGAGGGGCAUUGCGGCUGGUAUGAAGUACUUGUCUGAGAUGAACUACGUGCACCGGGACCUGGCUGCCCGCAACAUCCUUGUCAACAGCAACCUAGUUUGCAAAGUCUCUGACUUCGGCCUCUCCCGCUUCUUGGAGGAUGACCCCUCGGACCCUACCUACACCAGCUCCCUGGGUGGGAAGAUCCCCAUCCGUUGGACCGCCCCAGAGGCCAUAGCCUACCGGAAGUUCACCUCUGCCAGUGACGUCUGGAGCUACGGGAUUGUCAUGUGGGAAGUCAUGAGCUACGGAGAGCGACCCUACUGGGACAUGAGCAACCAGGAUGUCAUCAAUGCUGUGGAGCAGGAUUACCGGCUGCCCCCACCCAUGGACUGCCCCACAGCACUGCACCAGCUCAUGUUGGACUGCUGGGUGCGAGAUCGGAACCUCAGGCCCAAAUUCUCUCAGAUCGUCAAUACCCUGGACAAGCUCAUCCGCAACGCUGCCAGCCUCAAAGUCAUCGCCAGUGCCCAAUCUGGCAUGUCACAGCCCCUCCUGGACCGCACAGUCCCUGACUACACAACCUUCACCACGGUUGGUGACUGGCUGGAUGCCAUCAAGAUGGGACGGUACAAGGAGAGCUUCGGCAGUGCGGGGUUUGCAUCCUUUGACCUGGUAGCCCAGAUGACUGCAGAGGACCUGCUCCGCAUCGGCGUCACUUUGGCUGGCCACCAGAAGAAGAUCCUCAGUAGUAUCCAGGACAUGCGGCUGCAGAUGAACCAGACCCUGCCUGUGCAGGUCUGACAUACGGUGCCCCAUUCGGGGGGUGGCCCCCGAGGACUGCGCAGGGACUCCAACCAGCUGCCUGGACUCUCAGACUUUUGGAUGCCCGGCCUCAGGCUGUGGCCCAGAAGAUGGAAGUUAGGGAGAGGGCCCGCGCUGGGACUUUGUCCAGACCUGUGCUCCCUCCCCAGGAAGCGUGCCCCACACCUCUUCAUAUUGAAGAUGGAUUAGGAGAUGGGGUGAUGACCCCUCCCCAGACCCCUGGGGCUCGGGCCUUCCUGCUCUGCAGUGGGGAAAUCCCUGCAAACCUCCAACUCUGCAAGGCUGCAGGUCCUGGCAGGGUCAGGUGUGGGGCCAGCCUGGGUUCCCCACCCCCACUCCACCCUCCAGGGCCCAGCCCUGGCAGGGGUCUGGCCCUCCAGGUAGGCAGAGAGCAGUCCCUCCCUCAGGAGCUGGAGGAGGGGACUCCAGGAGUGGGGAGACAUGGCGUCCUUCCCCAUCCUAUAGCCAACUGGCACCUCCAGUUUGCACAGGGACUUGUUCUGGGGGCUGAGGGCCCUGCCCCACCCCCACCCUUGGUGCUGUCAUAACGGGCAGGCAGGGGCAAGCUGAGGAGCAGCCCCGUGCCCCUCCCCAGAGACUGACUCUCAGAGCCAGAGAUGGGAUGUGUGUGCUUGUGUGUGCAUCUGUGUGUGUGUAUGUGUGUGUGUGUGUGUACGUGUGCGUGCACAUGCGCGCUGUCUGCACGGAGAGCAUGGUUGAGCGCGUACAAGCUUGCUCCUGUGCCCUGCCAUGGGGCCAGCUGGGCCAAUGGCGGAAUAAAGGCAAUAAGA